AACAAUUUUGUCCUUAUAAAAAAUCCUUAAUCUAAACUCUCUCUCGCGAUCUCACUCUCAUCUCUCGCGAUCUCCAAAUCCAUCCAUGGCGAUUGAAGCUCGUAUCCUUCUCUGAUGAUCGAUGCUCGUUCUAGAGUUCGUGAUCUUUUGCAAUUGAAGCUUAUCUCACUCUCUAGUGAUCGACGCUCAUUCUACCUCGCAAAUAGGUAUUAUUGCUUCGAGUCUUCAAAGCUCUCUCGCUUAUCAACUUCUUUGCUUGAUUUGUUACUAGAUAAUUUCCUAAUGGAUCACUAUGAGAAUGCAUAGAAAAUGUAAUUUUAUAAUAGCCUAUUCACAUCUAAAAAAAAUGAUAUUAUCUUGCUUGUUUCAUAGUUCUAUGCUAAUUUGUUCUUUGGCUUUAGCAUACCCCUUUUGAAAAGUCAUCAUUGUGUGUGAUAUUUGUUAGAUGGUUUGAUUUUGUUGUUUGUUACUGCACCCUUUUAUGCAUGAAUAUAUGAACGGUGAUGUAAAAAGUUGCAAAGUGAAAGUUGUUUGUUGUCUGAUUGAAUGUAGAAAAGCUAAUAAUAUUAACGAAACAUUGCACCCUUUUUCACAUAUUUAUGCUAUGUAAUUGUUAGUGGUGCGAGACUUCUCUGUAUUUUUAUGUAAUUUUGUGUUCGUGUAAUAUUUGUUUUAAGUGUGUGCAUGUGUGUGAGGUGAAAGUCAUGUGAGAAGUCAAUGUUUGGUGAGAAAGUGUGCUCUAAAGUCAUCUAUAUAUAUAUAUAUAUAUAUAUGUAUAUAUGGAUGUGAUGUUUUUCUCUUCAUGUAAUGUUUAGGUGUGUGCCUUUUAAUUGAUCAUUUAAGCAUGGAUGAGAGAAAGAUUCUCAUUUGCCUAAUGUUGAAGAGGUAUAUGGAUCGACUGAAUAUUUUAGUCACCCUCCUCCACAUUGCUUAUGUUGUUGUAGUUCAACAUCACCAAAAAUAUCGCUUGAGGUCUAAAUAUUUUAAUAUGAACUACCAGAGAUCCCAAGCUUUAGAACGAUUGGUAUAUUCCAAUGAUGUCACAUAUUUUAAUCUACUUAGAAUGGAUACGUUUACAUUCAACAAAUUAUGUGUAAUGUUGCAUACAAUAGGAAGGUUGAAUGACAGAAGAAACGUGAAAAUCGAUGAGCAAGUAGCUACAUUCCUAAAUAUACUUGCUCAUCAUGAGAAAAAUCAUACUAUAAAAGAGAUUUUUUCGAUCUGGAGAAACUGUCAGUAGGCAUUUCAAGCUAGUACUAAAUGCAGUGCUUCUACUAUAAGAAAAUUUGUUCAAAAAGCCUCAACCUGUACCUGAAAGUUCUAAAGAUCGAAGGUGGAAAUGGUUUAAGGUAUUUAUUGUAUUAGUGUUCACUAAUUAUAGGUUUUAGUUUUUAGUAAAUGGUCAAGCACUAAAGUUUUUUCCUUCAUCUCUUGUUUUUGAAAUGUUUAGGGGCAUUAGAUGGGACAUACGUAAGAGUCAAUGUUCCUGAAGCUUACAAACCUAGAUAUCAGACUAGAAAAGGCGAAAUUAUAACAAAUAUCUUAGUAGCUUGUUCACCAGACAUGGGAAUUAUCUAUGUACUUACUGGUUGGGAAGGUUCAGCUGUUGAUGGACGAAUACUUCGAGAUGCUGUGAGUAGGAGAAAUGGCUUAAAAGUUUCACAAGGAUAUUACUACCUUGUUGAUGUUGGAUACACAAAUGGAAAUGGCUUUCUAGCUCCAUUUAGCGGUCAAAGAUAUCAUAUUAAUGAUUGAAGGCCUAGUUAUCAACCUACUACCCCUGAAGAAUUUUUCACUAUGAAACAUUCUUCAGCCAGGAAUAUUAUUGAGAGAUGCAUUAGAUUACUAAAAUUGCAUUGGGCUAUCCCUAGGAGCCCUUUGUGGUACACGAUUAAGACACAAGGAUGGAUAAUUGUAGCUUGUUGUCUUCUUCAUAACUUGAUAAGAUAAGAAAUGCCAGUUGAUCCGUUAGAAGAUGAUUUAGAAGUCAAUGAAGAAGAUACUAGUGAGAUGGCUGGUGAGAUGGAUGGUGAGUUGAUUGCAAGAGUUGAAACAUCUACCCAAUGGAAUGAUUGGAGGAGGGAUUUAGCUGUGCAAAUGUUCAACGAGUGGAAAAGUCAUCCUGAUGCAAAUGGUAUUAGAGGAAAAUCAUUCAAUCACUAUGAUGUGUUGAUGUUGAUUUUUGGAAAAGAAAGAGCUAUUGGUAAGAUGACUAAAGCAGCAGGAGACAUACUUGAAGAUGUGAACAAAGAGCAAAAUGAUGGUGGUAAUGAUACAGAGACAGGAGAUGGAUUAGGUGAUUCUACAUUGCACAAUUUAGGUGAUGAGCCUUUUCGAGAGGAGUCUUCGAGGAAGCAAAAAAAAAGUCGAUAAACUGAGAGAUCGGUAACAUCAUUGGACCGAUUAACUGAGGUUGUCGGAGCUAAACUUAGAGAAGGUAGACAAGAAUUUGCUAAGAUUGCAGAUGCAAUUACUGAUCCAAAUUUGAAAAAAGAAGAAAGUAGACACAAGUCGAAUGAUGAAUUGAGAAAAAUCGAAAGAUUAACAUUUGGACAAAGACAAGAAGUGGCAAAGAGACUAAUCCAUGAUCAAGAUAUGUUGGACUAUUUUUUUAAUGACAUUCCAGAAAAUGAGAAGGCAGAAUGGGUUAGUUGGUUUC